AUGGACUCCAAUGGGGCAGAACCGUGCCCUUCAACUACCGAAAAUAAAGCCAUCGGCGUGACAAUAAUCACCGGCUUCCUUGGCUCUGGCAAGAGCACCUUAAUCCGCCGCAUCCUCACCGAGCAGCACGGCCUUCGUCUCGUCGUCGUAGAGAACGAGUUCAGCGCGAAGGGGACCGUUGAAGAGGCUAUCGUCACUCAAGGAGUAGGUCCUGACGCUUUUGAACAGUUUAUCCAACUGCCCAACGGAUGCAUCUGUUGCGCCGCCCAAGAUGACCUCACAGACGCCCUUUCACGUCUAAUUCGCAGUCGCCCAGGACAAGUUGAUCACAUCCUCGUCGAAGCCUCGGGUCUCGCUGAUCCUGGACCGGUAGCAGCUUCGUUUUGGGUCGACGAUGAGUUGGAGACUGGCUUAAUUCUUGACUCUGUUGUUGCAAUUGCGGAUGCAGUCAACAUACAGAGUUAUUUAAGGGAUGGCGACGGGAUGAGUGAGAAGGCGAGGAUUACGCAAAAGCAGCUCGUUGUAGCUGAUCAAGUUUUGCUCAACAAAAUCGAUCUUCUGGGUACGGACCCGCAAAAUUCUGACCCUGCAGCGUCUGAGGAGGAGAGGAUGGCGAAAAGAGUAUCCGCAGUCGAGCGCUCGCUUCGAGAAGCGGGUUGUUCUGCUUCCAUUAAUCCCACAAAAAGGUGUAUCUUUGAUAUAUCAAAGUUGCUCGGCGUGCGAGCCUAUGACUACGACACAUCGGCCCGGUCCUUCUCCGCACCGGCCCCGGAAAAGUUUUCGCAGCACGUGCACGGCGAGAAAAUGGCCGUCGGGACGCUUACCGUUUCGUUUGAAAAAGUCGCGUUCGACUCGACCCUGUUAGAUCGCGCAUUUGGAGAGCUCUUGUGGGAGAACGGGGAGAGCGAGCCGUCUCAUGCGAUUGCGGAGCCGCCUAUGGAAAUUUGGAGGAUGAAAGCUUUGGUCGAGGUUGAGGGAGAGCAACGCAAAUGGAUAUAUCAGUCUGUUCAUACUCUAUUCGAAAGCUCUGUGUCCAGCGUUGAUGCAGCGGAUGGUGUUUCUCAUUUCAUUUUCAUUGGUAAACUACUCGAGUCCACUGCACUAAGGGCUUGCCUCGAGAAGGCGAUUGCGGUUAACCUUGCUCCCUCGCCGUCAUCGUGGAUAAAAUAGACGUGCGGGGGCUGCAAUCUAAGGUUACAUUCUAAAACUAACUUCGG